GAAUAUGCGAUAUCCAAAUUCCUGCUGACUGCCGCGGAUUACGCCGACCCGUUCACGUUUCCUUGCAUUAUCCCCCCUCUGGCCGUCCUGGAUACUCCUUACGACUACUCGAUCGUGUGCAUGCCAAGGUCGUCGGAGGUGACUUGGUUAGACGACGUUGAUACUCCUCGCGAGUUUCUCCGUAUCGCAACUUGCUUGUUGCGGGGGCUUGAAUUCCUCCACUCCCGACGAAUAGCUCAUCGAGACAUCGGCGAAUGCAACAUGCUUGCCAAUUACUAUAGGCUGGACAACGACCCCGUCGCGUUGAGGGCCGAUUUACGAGAACGUAGGGGUCUAGGCGAUGCCGAAAACACACUCGCUUUCAUGGACUUCGACAAGUCAAUCCUCCUUCCUCCCGACACGCCGUUGACGACUUGUCGUCGGCCGUCGCCGGAAGCCACAGGGGCCAAUUAUUUUACCCCCGAUGAUACCGACUAUGGAGCACCGUUCUACAACCCGUUCGCGUACGACGUUGCGACACUGGGAAAUCUCUUCAGAAACUACUUUUCGGCUAUGGUGUCUGCUGUUCCAUCACUCGCCCCGCUUUUCGACAGGAUGACGACGCACGUAGUGCGGGAGAGGUUCACUGCGGAAGAAUCGCUGCACUUCUUGCAGGAUACCACCGCAAAACUCUCAGAGGCGGCUCUGGACACAAAAUUCGUGUUGGUUCCUGACAGGAUAUGGUCUGGGGAGUCGUACUAG